ACCGACCGAGAAAAGAACCCAUAAAAGAACCAGGUCUUAGACGGAUCCUCUUUGGACCUACAAUAACGACGAAAAGCCACGGUACUCGUCGGUGGAAACGGGACUUUAACGUAGAUAGGUACCGAUAAACCGUUUUUCCUUCCUCUCCACCUCGGAUAUCUCCUUUUUCUGUCCCCCUUUUUUUUUUAAAUGAGGAUUUGCAAGAUGGCUGAUGACAGCUACCCCUAACAAGGACAGAAAGCGACGUCCCCUUUAAGAUCAUUAAAGGGGGAUAUUUGUGUGUUUCUCCUUCGUCCUGUGUGUGAAUAUUGAAAUAAUGACUGUAUUUGAGACCACCAGGCCCGUCAGGAAGUAAUGCCAGGCUGAGUGUUUGUUUGUACCUGAGCUGUGGUAGAAAAUGGUGAGGUGACGUCUGAGGUAAUUUACACGAUUUAUUCCAGAUAAGGAAGCGGAAAAAUAUGUUGUUGGCUAAAGGUUGAGGCGACGAUAUGCGAAUAAGGUGGACAGCUCUGUGUUAAAAAAGAGGCUGGAGCUUGAAUAAAGAUAAUAAUCAUCUUUAAAUCAGGGGGUAUUUGAUAGAUGUGUCGGAGGGGGGGAGUAAAAAAGGCUUCUGCAACAGCAGCCAACAUUCCUGCGGAUCCUAAAAGCCUUUGUUUUGUGCGCAGGAGCUGGACUCGACUAUUAAAACGAUUAACUAUGCAGUAAACAGACUGGAAGUGAUGGCCCGGGUAUGAUUUUCAGUUUAAUGAGAUUAUAAGGCCUUUGUUGUCGACAGUAAACUGCUAGAAAAGCCGAGGCCUUGUGUACAGAUAUGUGAGCUGUGCCACAUAGCAGGCGUAAUUCAUCCAAACACAAAUGUCCCUUUUUUUCCAGAUUGCAAACCUGGAGGUGUGUGUGGUGAUCAUCUGACCUGUGAAACAGCAUUUCUCUUAAUACAGCCAACACAUCCCUGGUUGUAUGUAUAAUUGAAAUUGCAGGUGGAUACUUAUUUAUGAUUCAAGGGACAAAAGCAUUGCGCUGCGUUGUGAUCAUUGAAGGGAAUCAAGCGUCCUUGAGGUCCCCUGACAAAAACAGAUUCAGGUUUUUAAAAACCAGCUCUCUGUAUGAUUAGUAAUCAGGGUGUGGACUGGACUGGAGCAGUCCCUUUCUCGUGGUUUUCAUGCUUCGUUUGCUGGUCUGAAUCAUAAUCCGACGUAGGGAGCUCUCAAGAGAGAGGCCUGGAGGUGUGGUAGAAGUGGAAAGCAGUCAGUGUAUGCCUGCCCACACCAUCAUGGCCUCUGACAUGGCUGAGACAUGGAGGAACUGUUUUGAGGAGGAGCUCAUCUGCCCCAUCUGCCUGCACGUGUUCUCAGAUCCCAUCCAGCUGCCCUGCAAGCACAACUUCUGCCGGAGCUGCAUCAGCGAGGCCUGGGCCAAAGACUCCUCGCUGGCCCGCUGCCCUGAGUGCAAUCAUGCUUACACACAGAAGCCCAGCCUGGAGAAGAACCACAAACUGUCCAACAUAGUGGAGAAGUACAACGCUCUGAGCGUGGAGAAGGCCAACACGCCCGCUCUGCAGUGUAUCUUGUGCCGCCGAGGCCCGCCACUCCCCGCUGUGAAAGUCUGCCUACGCUGCAACGCCCCAUGCUGCCAGUCCCAUGUCCAGACACACCUGCAGCAGCCGUGCUCGGCCCUCGGGCACCUGUUGGUGGAGGCUGAGGCCGUGAAGGCCUGGACCUGCCUGCAGCAUGACGAGUACAGGCUGUACCACUGUGAGGCCGAGCAAACGGCCGUGUGUCAGUACUGCUGCUUCGCCCGCUGCCACCCCAGCCAUGGCCACGCCGUCACCGAUGUGGAGCUGAGACGCAACGACAUCAGACAAAACCUUUUAAGACAACAGGAGCGCGUGGAGGAACGAGUGCAGGAGAUUGAGGAGCAGCUUUGCAAACUUGACUCUGACAAGUGUGUGGUAGAGGACAGAGUGUGUGAGCUGAAAGAGGAGGUGCGUCUGCAGUACCAGAGGAUGCACCAGCUCCUGGAGGAGGAUCUCGGUCGGACGCUGGAGGCUCUGGACCGCGCUCAGGCUCGCUUCUGCCAGGAGAACGCCGCCCAGGUUUUGGUUCUAGGCGAGCAGCGCCACGAGGCCCAGAAGCUGCUGAGCUCCAUCCACACAGCUUUCAACAAGGCCGAGGAGCUGAGCUUCAUGAAAAACACCAAGCCGGUUAAAAUCCUCACAGACAGGUCUCAGGCAUGUGUGGGCAGCAGUCUCCCUCCUUAUAAAGUGGGGAAUCUAAACUCUAAACUGUUCCUCUCUGAAAUCUCAAAAAGAGAGAAGAGCUUGAAAAGAACCCUGGAAGCCCCCCUCACCCCUCCCUCGACCUUUCUUCAGUCUGUUCCUGCGUAUCCCAGCGGCCAGAGCUCUGGCUCCGGAUCAGAGAAACGGAAACAUUCCACCGCCUUCCCAGAAGGCAACGGGAACGUCGGAAAAAACGCCGCUCAAGGUUUCAAGGACUCCUCCUCCUCUUCCUCGUCUUCUUCCUCAUCUCUUGCCAAGCAGCCCUACCUGGGCUCUGGCUCCGGUUCUGGGGAAGGCCAGUCCACCAAUCAGCAGCCUCUCGGUCCUUGCGGCCCGCCUCACAUCAGCGAGAGCAGCGGGACAGGAAGCGGAAGCGGCUCUCUGACCAACCACCACUCGGGCUCCGUGUUCGGCUCCUCGCACUUUCCUCCUGGCGGCAGCAGCUCCUCGCACUCCGCCCAGCAGGCCGUGCUGCCUCAAUACGGCGGCCGGAAGAUCCUGGUGUGCACGAUGGAUAACUGCUACUGCUCCGGAGUGCCCUCGGUGUCGGGCCACCGUAGCCACCCUCCGUACCCGCGCUCGGGCUCCUUCCCCUGGGUCAGUGCCCAGGACUACCCCCCUCCUCCUGGUCUGGCCUCUGGAGGUCCAUCUAUGCAGGGCCUGGCAGUGAGGGACUGGAUAGACGCCUCGCAGACACACAGACAUGCAGAUUUUUACGGGCUGUAUGGGCAGCCGUCUACAAAGCACUAUGUCACCAGUUAACAGAGUAGACACGCACACACACAUAGACACACAAACACACACACACACACACAUAUUUGGAAAUAUAGAGGCAGUCACCAAAAUAGCACACCUUUACCGACGUAUUAACUGGAUUAAAACACAACGCAGUUAUACUCUAUACACAGUGGAAUAGUAGAAGUUAUACCCACACACAGAUCUAGAACAUGUACACACAUUCGGGGGCAGGGUUGAUCUCUUCGUGUGUUUGCUUUUUCUUAUUUUCUGUGUUUUCAGUCAGAGUCUCAUGUAGUGUAUUAUACGUUAACAGCCAUCCGCUUCACUCUGGCACGACUUAGCUCAGCAUUUUCCACACACACAACAACAACAACAAACACAAGGCCUGAGAGGAGACGUCUCGCAUCUUAUUAUUAUUUAUGGAGCAGGAGGCGGAUGGAUGGAAAAAUGAACUUCAGAGGAUCUUUCUCCUCUCCUCUUCACUGACGCUAAAGGGAAAAGAGAUAACACCAUGUAGUUUUGACCUUUCCAGUUUAGCGCUCCGUCUGAUAUAAUCACCCUUCCAGUCUUUCUGAGGUCAGUUGCCUUAUGUUAUUAGCAUCAUAUUUUGCUCUGCCCAGCUCACGUUGUUUGAUAGAUCCUUUAAUAAAGGGACCACGGCCCCGUCAUGUCUCUUUGAUUUUUUUUUACCAUCGUGGCAACUCUUCCUUUCUUUGCUGAGUUCAGGGAUUGAUCGAACGGCUUGAACACAAAACGCUCUUCCAUGGAACACCCACAAUGCACUUGUGGACGCCUUGUUACGCCUGGACUACAGACCCGCAGAGGGACACUGGAGCCUACAGUUUUGGGAAUAUCGUUCUUAUUCCUAACGCUCUCUUUUUCCUGCUCCCAGGCUUUCCACAGGACACAGAAGCUCUUCUUCUGACAAAGACUGUUUCCAUUUAUUACCUACAAUGACUUUGUGAUAUCUGGUACAUCUGUAGGUUUCAUGCUUGUGUCUGAAGAGACUCUUUGAUUCAAGAGGAAAAAAAAGACAAGUCUGGACAGACCAAACCAAUCAAGCACCUGGAGGAUCUGACGAUGCUGUAAUUGUACUUCCUGCAGGGCAAAGAUGUCACUUCCUCUCAAUAAGCACACAAGCUCUUGGCUUCCUGUUUGCAGCUAAAAGCAUGCAAGGAAGACUUUAAAAGCACUCAAAAGAAGAAGAACAAUGGGGGGGGGAAAUGUAUGCAGUUUAAAAUGAGUGUAAAGAAAAAUAAAGUGGGUGGUAGGAAUUUUUUUCAUGAACUUUUUCUAAAAGACCAGACUGGACUGCAAGAUGUAAGCAAUUGUCAUCAUCCUUAAAAGGAGCUGUUACAACAGUCAGCUGAAAUAGAAAAAAAAAACAGCAUAAAGUAUCUUUUUUUGUAAAUAUUUUGUGAAAUGGAAAAAUAAAGACGUGAUUUGGAGAAGGGUUCCAAAUAAACGAACAAAUUUAAAA